UAGUGAUUAGGUACGCAUUAUAUUAUUUCUAGAAGUACUUUUCUAUAUAAAAUUCUAUGGCAGAGUACUUAGAUUAGCGUACAAGGCUUGUUGGGUUAACAAGCCUAUACAAGCCUCGUAACCCGGUAACCAUGUAGGGAGCAGACAUGCUCCUUGCUACACCUGUUCAACAACUUGGAGUUUAAGGGGCACGAAGACGAUCCAUGCAGAGAGCGAAAGCUGGCACGACACUUGUGAUGUCGUGUGACCAAAUCAGUUUCCUCUUACCACGAAGCCAUCAUGAGGUCCUAUUAAAGAGACCUACUGUAUAUACCCUUAGAUUUGGGAUGAAGAGCCUAGAUUAUGACGCUGCGGUUAUAAUCCAUCCCUUCGUCGCCUUUACCUACUUGGCCCAUCUGGCCGUUGCCUCAAAACUUCCGGAAGAAAAAGAUCAUUUACGCUUUUAUCAACGUGAUACACACGAACAUGCCUGUGUAAGCUUCGUUAGUGCUGUGUUAUGUUCUGGGAGCUUGGUCUCUCUCCUUGAAGCCCCAACCACCUUCGCCACGCGGGCAGCCUCUAACUGGGCAGUAAUAAUGUGGAUUGGGACUCGGUAUACUCGCUACAGAUUGAGUAACUUUUAGAUGGGAUUUUGAACGGCUCUUUCGUUUUUCUUCAAACUUUGCAAUAUGAGCAGCUUCGUCUUUUUAAGCUAUUACUUUAGUAAGCCCUGUUAAUUUUUCGAUUUUAGCCUAGUUACGUAAAUUCUUAAUGUGCAUUUUUACACUAUAAUAUGAGCAUGGCCUGUAGACUUGCGAGCUACUUUACUGCGUAGACCCUGCACUGCAACCUGGGGGUGCAGAUAAGCAGAUCUACCUCAUAGGAGAAGGUUGCUCAUCGUCGCGAAUGAGGCUAUUCUGAGAUGAGUGCUUUGUAGUGGUCCGGGGCGCAUAACACACUACCUCCGUAGCUGCAGAUUGGCUCUUGUAAAUUAUAGCUCAGGUUGAUAUCGACAAUCAGUUCUUGCUGUACACUAAUAUGCUUGUAGUCGUAGGAAGCAGGGACGCAGUUGGGAGACUACAUGACGAUAGUCGAAGACCGCAUGGCAACUCUUGAGGUCGCCUUAGCUGCGCUAGGUCUGCGCGUCAGAGCUAAGUAAGAGCCAGUUACCGACAUGAUGAAUGAAGAACUAAUAGUGAGUUAGCGACAAGAGUGCAUUGUCUCGAUUGAUGAAUUCUCGUGCGACCGGAGACCAACAACCCCUCAUGCCUCUAUGUAUACACGUCUAUGAACUUCGAUUUCCAACAUAUGACUAUUACCUUGUACGAUGAAAUUGUUGUAGCUUUCUAUACUGCAAUCACCAGUUCAAGUAAAGUAGAAGAGCAAAACGAUUUGAGGCUUUAUGGCAGGCAUCAGAGGCCGCGGUUCA